AUGUUUCGAUACUCUUAUAUUUUGUUAUCGACAUUUACUUGUUUGAUAUUAUUUUCACUUUGCCAAGUUUUAGGAAAUGAAAAUCCAUUAUUAUUAUACUCAACCAUGUAUGAUAUUCGCCUGGUAAACUCGACUAGAGCUUAUAAACCUGAUGUUAUCGUUAAAAAUUCAAAAAAUCAUAAUAAUUAUACGUCUUACAUAGCUACUAUAGAUUACCAUUAUGCGGCGAAGAAAAUAUUUUGGGCUGAUCACCAGAAGGGGAGCAUUUUUAGUGUGGAUUAUUAUGGCAAAGGAAACGUAACGAAUAAAACUGAAAUUAUAACCGAUGUUUUCACACCUUACGGACUGGCCUGCGAUUGGGUCACUAACAAAUUAUAUUGGGCGGACAGCGAAACCAAUUACAUAGAAGUCGCUACUAUAACAGGCCAACACAGGAAGGUUUUAUUCUGGACUGACAUAGAUCAACCUCGUGCCAUAGCUUUAGUUCCUUCUGAAGGCUUCUUGUUUUGGACUGAUUGGGGGGAAAUGCCGAAGAUCGAAAGGGCCAGUCUCGAUGGCAACCCUGCCUCGAGAAUAGUUGUAGUCUCCGACAACAUAUUUUGGCCAAACGGGCUCACCAUCGAUUACAAAACAAACACAGUAUAUUGGGCCGACGGGAAGCUGAAGUUCAUCAAAAAAAUGGAUUACGAUGGGAAAAACCUAUCAAAAGUUCUGGAAAAGGGCUCCGAGUAUCCUUACGCUCUCACCCAGUUCGAUACUAAAUUGUUCUGGACCGACUGGAAAACGGGUUCUAUCCAUUAUUACGAUAUGGCCGCUCAGCAAAAACAACCUACGGAACUCUUACCAGUACAACACCCUAUGGAUAUCCAUGUAUACGACCCGCAACAUCAACCGAACAUAUCCAGCCCUUGCCAGAUAAACAACGGAGGGUGCUCGCAUCUAUGCCUGUUAUCUCAGAAACCUCCGAAGUACAGUUGCGCUUGCCCGAUAGGCUUCAAACUAAUGGACAACAAGACGUGCCACGAUAAACCCCAGGAGCUGCUACUGUUGGCUAAACGACCGGAGAUUCGAUUGAUCUACCUCGAUUCACCCGAGUACAGCUCCAAGGUCUUACCGCUCGACGUCAAGUACUCCAUCGCUGUGGAUUUUGAUCCGGUAACGAACUACAUUUACUGGUCGGAUGACGAGGAAAAGAAAAUUCGAAAGGCUAGAAUAGACGGCACCGACCAGCAAAAUGUUAUAUGGACUGAAAUCCAACAUCCCGACGGUAUAGCAUUGGACUGGAUAGCUAGGAAUAUCUACUGGACAGAUGCAGGCACUGAUAGAAUCGAGGUAUCCACUCUGGAUACAGGAUUCAGAAAAGUCGUCAUUAUGGAUAAACUACACGAUCCUAGAGGUAUAGUGGUCGCACCGGAAUUGGGUUGGCUGUUUUGGUCGGACUGGAACGAAAAGGAACCGAAAAUCGAAAGAUCCGACUUGGACGGUACGGAGAGAAUCCAAAUCGUUACUGAGAAACUAGGCUGGCCCAACGGCAUUACGUUAGACCUGGACAACAUGAGAAUAUACUGGGGUGACGCUAAAUUAGAUAAAAUAGAAUACGCCGAUUUGGAUGGGACUAAUCGAAGAGAAUUAAUUAACGAUAACGUGCCGCAUUUGUUCGGAUUCUCCCUGAUGGGCGACUACAUUUAUUGGACCGAUUGGCAACGAAGGGCCAUCGACCGAGCCAACAGAGAGUCAGGAAGCGACAGGGAAGUCAUAGUCGAUCAAAUGGAGAACGUAAUGGGCUUGAAAGCUUUCAAUUUAAAGGGGGCGACGGGCUGGAACUUGUGCAAAGAAAAUAACGGAAAUUGCUCACAAUUGUGCCUUUACAAGCACAGCAGACGGAGAGUGUGUGCUUGCCAAAUAGACUACGAAUUGAAGAAAGACGGUUUGACCUGCGUGAAACCCAAGGCGUUCUUGUUGUACGCCAAAAAAACCAACAUCGGUAGAAUAGGUAUCGAAAACGAGGAGCACGAAGCGACAAUUCCGAUAGCCGGCAUCAAACAUGCCAGUGCUAUUGAUUUCGACGUGAAUACUAUGCGUAUCUACUGGAGCGACAGUAAACUGAGAACUAUCAUGAGAGCGUUCCUAAACGGAUCGGACGUACAAAAAGUCAUCGACUUGGGCUUGACCUCGCCGGAGGGAAUAGCGGUAGAUUGGCUGGGUUUGAACGUUUACUGGACCGAUCCGGUGUCUCACAGAAUAGAAGUCUCGCGAUUAAUGGGCAGGAGUAGGCGCACGUUGUUGUGGAACGAGGCUUACGAGCCCCAUAGCAUAGUUGUAGAUCCCAGUGAAGGGUACAUUUACUGGUCGGAAUGGGGCUCUGUAAACUCUAUCAAAAAAGCUGGAAUGGAUGGGAAAAAUCAAUUGAAACUUCUGACUACGAACAAUCCAGCGAGUAGUCUCACUUUAGACUACGAAACUAAAAGACUGUAUUGGACUGAAAAAGACACACCGGCCAUCGUUACUUCAGAUCUCAACGGGAACGAUCGUAGAGUAAUCGUAAGCGAGAACAUCCUCGAACCCAUCGGUUUAACUAUUUACAAGGACUUUAUUUAUUGGAGCGAUAAUAAGACAGGUGAGAUAUCUCGCGCGAGUAAAACCAACGGAUCGGACAGAUUAAAAAUGCACAAGCUAGAUGGCGUGACUGAUUUAUUGGUGCACUACCAACAAAAAUCGUGGGAUACUAACCAAUGCGCCACGAGUAAUGGCGGUUGCUCCCAUCUCUGUCUUGCUCUUCCAUCUAAAGCAACAGAAGAGCAAACUGGAUACACUUGCGCUUGCCCUAAUCAUUAUACACUCAAUCAAAAAGAAUGCAUACCUCCGACUAAUUUUAUGAUAUAUAGUCUAAGAAACUUAGUUGUUAGAUUAGUACCGGAUACCUCAGAUUGCCCGGAGGCCGUCCUACCUUUGCAAGGUAUGAAAGCCGUCAAAGCGAUCGAGUACGACCAAAGAACAAACUAUUUGUAUUGGAUCGAUAGUAAAGCUCGUUCAAUCAAAAAAUCCGAAGCGACCGAACAGAAAAUGGAGAUGGGAAAGCAAAAGACUGACACAACGGUUGUAUCGAGCAACAAAGAAAUCCAACCGUUCGAUCUCGCAUUGGAUCCGAUCGGCAGGCUUUUAUUUUGGACCUGCGAAAUAAACGACGUCAUCAACGUUACCCAUUUGGAGAAUCAGAAUCUGUUCGGUAACUUGGAGAGAAAAGACGGAGAAAGACCUCGAUUGAUCGCUCUACAUGUAGACAAAAGGUUGCUGUUUUAUACUGAUGUCGGUAAAACGCCUCAAUUAAUUAGAGCGAGAUUAGACGGUUCCCACAGAAUAGUUAUAACUAAAGCUACAAAUAUUACCGCAAUAGCGGUUGACACCGAGAACGAUUUGAUAGUAUGGGCCCAAGGGCACGGAAUCUACAUAAGCAACAUCGACGGAGAGAAUCAGCACGUGGUUUUGAACGAGAGCAACUCGAUAAUAACGCAACUGACCGUCCACUUGGGCUUCCUCUAUUGGAUCGACAAGGAGCUGGACCAGUUGCAGCGGAUCGAAAUACUGUCGGGCAAGUCGCGGUCGACGCUGCCCAUCCAGGCCACGCACAUACUCGACUUGAUUUCGGUGAAAAACCACACGGAGAGCCUCUGCUCGAAGGCGGCCCACAAGUGCUCGCACUUUUGCAUACACAACAGCACGUCCAUGAUCUGCGCCUGUCCGCAGGGGAAGAUCCUCAACGACGACAAGCGGACGUGCUUGGUGCCCCCGCAUUGCGGAGAGGACAGGUUCACCUGCAACAUGCCCGAGAAGGAUAAAACCGAGUGUAUUCCGAUCGCUUGGAAGUGCGACCGCCAGAAGGACUGCGGAGACGGUUCCGACGAGGCCGAUUGUCCGAAAUGCCUUCCCGAUCAAUUCCGAUGCCUAAACGGUCAAUGCAUCGACAAAAAGAAUUACUGUGAUAAUUAUCCGCAUUGCAGCGAUCGCUCGGACGAGAAGAAUUGCUGCGAAAACGGCUUCCAGUGUCCCCAAACCGAAGUGUGCCUUCCGUCGUCGCUGGUCUGCGACGGCAACGAGAAUUGCGCGGACGGGUCCGACGAAAAGGACUGCAAAGUCGCCGUGAAAUCCUCCAUGCCCAUCGUCCUGGUGCUGCUGAUCGUGUUUAUAAUCGUAUUCCUGUUCAUCGCGUUCUGCAUCAUUAAGAAGAAGAUCUUCCCCAGGGACGAGAACGUCAACGAUCAAAUAGGAGAAGCCUUGAAUCCCCUGCAUCCGAACUGCGCGGGAAACUUAAAAUAUCGCAAAGGUAUACCGGAUAUCGUGAGGAUGUCGAUGUUGAACGACAGCGGUUGUCCCAGUUCUUUCGACCAUCGCCACGUAACCGGAGCAUCUAGCAGCUCGAACACCAACGGUUCGAGCGUGACCGGUUACCCUUGCGAAACGCUCAACCCGCCGCCGAGCCCCGUCACGACGGCGACUUCCACGAGGGGCAGCAGUCCGUCCCGGUACCGGCCGUACAGGCACUACCGCUCGAUCAACCAGCCGCCGCCGCCGACGCCCUGCUCGACGGACAUCAACGACGAGAGCGACUACAACUACCCGACGAGGAGCCGGUACGACGCGGGGCCGUUCCCGCCGCCGCCGACGCCGCGGUCAGUGUGUCACCAGGAGAGCUGCCCGCCGUCGCCGAGCUCGCGGUCGUCGACGUACUUUAGCCCGCUGCCGCCGCCUCCGUCGCCGGUGGCGUCGCCCAGGGGGUACGAUUCGUGA